UAUGACCUGAGGCGGGUUCAUUGGAGGAGAGCAGAGCUGGCAGGAGCUGACUGACUUUCGCUGCACAAACCGUGAACUUUUCGAACACCUGCAACGAUGGCUGAUGGCAAGAGCUGUGCAGAUGGUUUCUGUCAAACCUCCGUUCACGUGGACGUGAAGGAUUACUAUGGUAAGAGGCUGCAGACCCAGAAGGACCUGCAGACCAACGCUUGCCUGGCUCCAACCAAGCCCGUCCCUCCCUUCAUUCGCGAGGCUCUGAAAAAAGUCCACCCUGAAGUCUCUGACAAGUACUACGGCUGUGGGCUGGUAGUGCCAGAGUGCUUGGAGGGCUGCAGGAUUCUGGACCUGGGCAGCGGCAGUGGGAGGGACUGCUACAUGCUGAGUCAGCUGGUGGGAGAGAAUGGACAUGUCACCGGCAUUGACAUGACUGAGGGCCAGCUUGAAGUGGCCCGGACAUAUAUUGACUACCACAUGAAGGAGUUUGGUUUCAAGAAGCCCAACGUUGAUUAUGUCCAGGGCUACAUUGAGGCCUUGACUGAGGCCGGCCUGCCAAAGAACUCCUAUGACAUUGUCAUUUCCAACUGUGUGGUGAAUCUCUCUCCGGACAAGAAGCGUGUGCUGGCUGAAGCUUACAACGUACUGAAGGAUGGUGGUGAGCUGUACUUCAGUGACGUCUACAGCAGCGCAAGACUACCUGAGGAAAUUAAAACUCACAAAGUGCUGUGGGGUGAGUGUCUCGGCGGAGCACUCUGGUGGAAGGAUCUGCUGCAACUGGCUGACGAAGUGGGUUUCAGCCCCCCACGGCUGGUUACAGCCAGCAUCAUCACUGUUGAUAACAAAGAACUGCAGGACAUUCUGGGUGACUUCAAGUUUGUUUCUGCCACAUACCGUCUGUUCAAGAUCCCUAAGGGCAAUGACAAAACCUGUCAGACCAUAUAUAAUGGAGGCAUUACAGGUGCAGAGAGCAGCUUCCAGUUCGACUGUCACUACACCUUCAAGGCCAAUGAAGUGGUGGAGGUGGACGCAGAGGUGGCCAGCAUCCUGACACAUUCCAGAUUCACAGAGAACUUCACCUGCCAGCCACCAGGGGGCUCCUCUACCUCCUGUGGAGCCAAACCUAAGACAGGAAUUGUGGAUCCUUUCGAUCUGGCCCUUAAGUUGGACAAGCAAGGCCAAGGUUCCACCACUGGGGGAUGCUGUGGCCCACAGUCUUCUGCCUGCUGCAAAUAAUCAUGGGAAGAGCACUGAGAAGUACAGGCCCAGCAUCAUACUGUGUAAUCCCAGUAGUUCACCUGUGCUGAAUUCAUGAUGCCUUCUGCGGCAUAAUUACACUGUGUCUUAACAUUUCUGAUGGAAAAAAAAAACUAAUUGUUGCUCGCACAUAUACAUGUUGCUUAAUUAUGCACUUUUCCCUGUUAAUCUUUUUCUAAAAGAUUAAACAGUUGUGCUGCAAACAUAAAAUGACCCCAAAUCAGAGUUCAAAUCAUCUUAAACCGUUUUGUAAACUGCAAAAUAUUUUGAUAAAUUUUUCUUUAUAACUUUUGUUUUUCUAUCAGCCUACAAUGUUAGACUUCUUAAAUUCACAUUUAUUGUAAAUCACACCUUCAGCCGGACUUUUCAUUAACAAAUGAUACCACUUGUGUUGUAAUACCGCUACAAUUAAUCAUUUAAUUGAUUUGUUUGGGCAGUAUAUUGACAGGUAUUGCAUUUGGGUGGGCUUCAUACAGUGUCCUAAUUAAUAUUGGCUUUAAUAUGUAAAUUAGAAUGUGCUAUCGCUUUUAUAAAACAAUAAAUAUUGACAAUCAACUGAA